UGUCCAUAACAUAAAUCCCGCAGCCGGUUACCUAUACGUAUAGAGAGAGAAACUCAUCAGUUUUCUAGAGAAAGAUAGAAGGGGCGACCUGAGAAUAUUAUUUACAAGAACACAAAAAGUUAUGGCUGGAUUGAAGUCAAGUAUGAUGGUGAUCAUGAUGAUGAUAGUGGUUGCAUCCAUGCAUAUGCAAAGCUCCAUGGCUCAGACUAGACAUGUAGUCGGAGACGCCUUGGGAUGGACCAUUCCGCCCAACGGUGCCGCCGCUUACACCACCUGGGCUUCGCAACAGACCUUCCGAGUCGGCGACACCCUUUUUUUCAACUUCACCACCGGUAACCAUAACGUGGCGGAAGUAUCACAAGCUGCGUACGGCCCAUGCACCACCGCUAACCCCAUCUCACUCACCACCAACGGCCCCGCCACCGUCACAUUGACCACUGCCGGCACCCAUUACUACAUUUGCACCGUGGGUACACAUUGCCAAAUUGGACAAAAGUUGACGGUCACCGCCACCGCCCCUGCCGCCGCACCCACCACCCCUCCACCAGCCGCCGCACCCACCACCCCACCACCAGCAGCUUCACCAACCACCCCUCCGGCAGCUACCCCCACCCCCACCCCUACCCCAACCCCCACACCGGCACCGGUGAGCCCUCCGGCAAACACCCCCGCCCCCGCCCCAGCCACACCACCCACUUCCUCCGAGGCACCUACUCCAACUGGAGCAAGCCCGCCGUCACCUACCACAUCCGGCCCAUCGCCUUCCGGCACCACUCCAUCUCCCACUGCUGACACGACACCUACUCCACCAUCACCAAGCGCCGCCGGCCGAUCUUUAACCGGUGUGGUUCCGGCAACUUUGUUGGGAUUUGCUUUAGCUUUAUUUUACUAAAUUUAUAUUGUUAAAUUUAUUGUUAUUCUUGAUAAUUAGUUUGGAGAGGUGUGUGUUAUUUAUUUCUGGAUUUUUGUAAUGUUUGUAAGCAUGGAUUUAUUCUCUUCUUUUUCAUAUUCGUAUCAAUAGAUUUCACUUUCUUUUA